AUGUCAUUAAUAAAUCUACCUAACGAAAUCUUUAUCAAGAUUUUAAAAACACUUUCAAUUGAUGAUCAAAAGACGUGCAUGCAAGUUUGUCAUUCUUGGCAUGAUCGAUUUCAAUUAACGGUUAUGAAAUGUUUAUAUAUAAAAUCAAGAAAGCAAUUUAAAGAAUUUUUUAAUAAACUGAAGAGUACACAAAAUGAAAAUAUAACAUUAGGACAAGUUAUUUUACGAUUAGAUUUAGACCCUACUGUUGGCAUGAUUAAUUCUGAAUUUCAUUUAUUGCCUCUAUAUUGUCCAUUCCUGGAAAUUAUUAACUUUAACCCUGAACUUUGGCGCUAUUUUACAUAUGCUAAAGAGAGUAUGACAUACUGGAGAUAUAUCAUACAAUACCCCCGUAUGGAAAGACUCAAGUUAGCAUUCCCAAUUCUAUACAAUAAUGGACAAACCUUAACUCAUCUUGAAUUUGGUUCUGUUAUUAUAGAUCAAUUAGCAGAAACCCGUUUGAAUAUAAUUUCACUACUUUCUUACACACCUAAUCUAUUAUCAUUAAAGCUGUCCGAUGGCAUUACUGUUUCACAUACUUUGUCUAUCUCUGAUUUUGAGUCUAUUCAUACUCUAUGUCCCAAGCUUCAAAGUCUGCAUUUAGAGUCCUUUGAAUUACGUUUAGUUACAAAAGAUGUAUGUUUAAUCGAUAUCAAGACACUGCCAGUAGCAUCUCAUCUAAAGAACCUCUCACUUAAUAAUUUAUCUAUCAAUAGUGAAGAGUUUCUUCAAUACUGGGCCCAUAAAUAUUCUAAUAUCGAAAGUCUUGAUAUUCAAUUAAGGUUACUUGAACCAGAAUAUUAUCAUGAAGCUAUUUGGCCUGAGAACUCAAGUAUGAAAGAAUACUUUGCUAUGAUGGCUUCAAGUUUUGUGAAAUUAAGAAAACUAAAAGCGAGAUUUGAUGACAAAUACUUUCCUGGUGAUGUGUUCCUUCGAGGAAUCAAUACGAUUGGCCUUCAACUCGAAGAAGUGUCUCUUCAUUUUUUUAAUUUUGAUUAUCACCGUCGGAAUGCCCAUCAAUUCAAGAUUUUAAUAAAUAAUUCUAUUUGUACAUUAACAAGCAUUAGUAUCAGUAAUUGGGAUAGAAAUUGGGAGUACGAAGAAGAUAUCCUGAGACCCAUUCGCUAUUGCUCUCAGUUGGUGGAUCUGUCCUUGUCGCCUCAAUUAGGUACAUUAAUUGAAUUUGAUAUUGAUGUGUUUUUAGAUAAGUUUCCUUGUCUCAAGAGACUAGAACUUGCAAAUACAUAUAAUCUUUUUAUUGAAGAUGAAACUAAUGCAAAUAUUAAUAAUGUACACCACCUUGAAGAGCUUUCAUUAAGGCAUACAAUGGUAAAUAAUCAACUCUUUGACUAUCUAUCGAUACGUUGUCCCUAUCUAAAUACAUUGCGUAUAUCCAACUUUACAAAACCCUAUGAUAAUGAUAUUCAAGUCAAAGUCAAUAUGCCGCAUCAUGAUUUUAAGUCUAUACAAAUAAAGGGGCUUCAUCUUGGUUUACGAAUAGAAGACGCCGGAUUUCAAUGCAAUCAUUAUUCAACAUUAUGCUCAUUAGAAGAAACAAGCAAGACCGAGCAAAAAUUAUUAAAACGUAAUAAUCAUGAACUAGUUGGUUUAAUGAGCAAUAGUAAUCAUAUGAAAAAUAAGAAACAAAAUCACGCACAUGACUUAUGGUGUGCUGAACGAUGGUAUCAUCUUUAUCAACCAAAGUAUAGAUCAAAUAGUCGAAAAUCAAAAUACAAUAAUAAUACACCAAGGUUUCAAAGAUUAAAUAAUAGCAGCAUUAUGAAGAUAAAGCAAUUGGAUAUAACACAUCAACUAUGGGAACAAAUUUCAUUUGUAGGAUCCAGAAUUAAAUAUGAAGACAAAAAACAUUGGUAUCUAGAUAUUCCUUACGGUUGGUUCUCUGUACGCUGUAGAAGUGUGAAAGAAUUCUCAUUUGAAGGAAUUACCAUAUAA